UAUAUGUACGCACAUAACACGGAAUCUACAAGAAAGGUUGCUCGUCUUCUGUCCGUCCGGAUGAACUCAACUUCUGACGAGGGCCGCUGUUUCACGUUCUGGUACAACAUGUGGCAUCCAAACAGCGGACAGCUGAACCUUUUACAGCGCGUGGACAACGUUUCGACAAGCAUUUUAUGGACGCGGUCUGGACCGCAAGGCAAGGCUUGGCAGAAGGGCCAGGUGCAAGUACAAUCCGAGGACCAGCACAGAUUCAUUUUUGAAGCUGUCUUGCCAGGACAUAUUCCCGGAAUUAUCGCAAUUGACCACUUCGUGCUCAAGGACGGCUAUUGUGAAAGCAGCGACGUAUGCACGUUCGAGUCUGGAAGGUGUGGCUGGCAGAUGCACGACUGGGAAGUCACGAAGGGGACCAGCGCGAUGUUGCCUGCUUCAGAUCACAGCAACAAGGCGCCAUUGGGGAGUUUCGCUCUGGCCACGUCUUCCGGUGGCCGCUUGGUGAGUCCACCUGGCUUCCACAAGUCCUCACAACACAAGUGCCUCCGAUUCUGGUUCUUCAUCGCCGGACGAACAGCUGAAUCACUUAAUGUAACUAGCGUAAUCGAAGACCAGCGAGAGGAGUCACUCUGGUACGCAACCAAGGCACACGCUCCUUCAGAUCAGUGGUACUCCGCCGCCGUCGACAUCACCAGCCUCCAAGGAGACGCCACGCUCGCCUUCGAAGGAACCACUUCUGGUGACCCUGGAACAGCUGUCGCCGUGGACGACAUCAGCUUAGGCGAGAAGGGCUGUCCUCCACCUGGCAGCUGCUCUUUUGAAGAGGACAUGUGCAACUGGCAGAACAUCGAAGGUCGCAAAUACGCGUCAUGGUACAGGAACCAAGGACCAACUCCCAUGUCCCGCGACGGCCUCAACACGGACCACACGCUCGGAACUGAUGAAGGGUAUUACUUGCUUCUUGACCAUGCCGACCUUUCUGAAACCGGAACUGCUAUUCUCGAAAGCCAGACAUUAACCAUGGGUCCCGCUGCCUGCGCCAAGCUCUACUAUUACAUAAAGCAAAAGGCUGAUACUACACUGAGCGUCGAGUUCGCAGACCCAUUGGGGAAGCAGAUAGGGUCGCCCACGAUUGUGUCCGCCAAAGGUCCCAGUGAGUGGACACAGCUGUCGGUGGAAGGCCGCAACCUUCCUAGUGCGUUUACGAUAUUGAUCACUGGCGAUACGGGGUACUUCUCCAGUGACCUUGCAAUAGACGACAUUGAAGUGAGCCAGGGAAAGUGCGGCCAUGUCCCGGAUGUCACAAAACUGCCGGAACCAAAAACCAACCCGCCGACAAUUACUUCGACACCACUACCAAGCGAAUCUACAACGCUGCAAGCGGACACCAGUACAACAGAACAACCAGCGAGUACAAGUGAGACAGUCACGUUUACGUCAGUGCCUACUAAAACCGAAGCGCCCUCUACGCCGGAGGCUCUCUUGGACUGCAAUCAUGGAGAGUUCUACUGCCGCGACGGUACUACGUGCAUCCCGGGUGUUCUGGUAUGCGACGGCAUCCCCGACUGCCCCAACGGGUUGGAUGAAAAAUGCAGCGUGCAGAAGAAAUGUGGACCACAGGAGUUCCUGUGCACGACCCGGUCUCCUUCUGAUUGUCUUCCACGGACGUUGCUUUGUGAUGGAAAAGAAGACUGCUCAGGAGGAUCUGACGAAGUACUUUGCGACGUGUGCCCACACAACCUGUGCCUCAAUGGUGGUGUCUGUGGAUUGGCGCCAAAGCAACGUUAUCCAGUCUGCGAUUGUCCCGAUGGCUACGAAGGGCACCGAUGCGAGUCGUUCAUCCGAAGUACGUCAAAAGAACACCUACGGACGAGCACAGCAACAGCCAACACGGGUUCCAUUGUCGCUGGUGUCCUAGUCUCGCUGGCAGUGGUUGCAAUAGCCGCAGUGGUCGCAGUAGUUGUAUUAAGAAGACGACGUGCACCACAAUCGAGAGAAACACUAAUAUCACUGGACGACCCGUCCUUCGAAGCAUUCUCAUAUUAAAGAU